UUAAAUAAUAGAACGAACGACAUGGAACUACAACUUGUUGAAAACCACCAGUUUUGUAUUUCACAAUAAAUUUAUCUCUAUCUAGUCUUAAAAUAGUUCCAACACAUGCAUGAUUCAUAAGUGAUUUAAAGCAUACUCUAUUCGUUAUCUUUGUUAUUAAGCUUUGUAUCUCGCAUACUGUGGCCUCGAUUUUUAUAAGUUUGUAAGCCAUGUUUGGACAACUUGAUUAUGGGGAUAGAAAAUAUAGCGGUUUAAGACCAAACUCCAAAUUUAGAUAUCUCGUCGAACAAGUUGAUGAUCAAUCUCCGUUGUGUGACUUUACUGUGAAGGUUGGAUUAUGGACAAAACGAUUUCAUCGAUGCGUGCUUGCUUCAAGUCGUUUUUUCCAACGAGCAAUGAGUGCAAACUUUACAGAAAAACAAAGAGGACUGGUGGAUGUAAGUGUUGGUACGCCAAAUUCAGUUGAGAUGGCAAUAAUGUACCUAUAUGGCAUUGUGCCAGAUAUAAACAUAGACAAUGUAGAGCUACUUCUUGAACAAGCGGAAUACUUUAUGAUUGAAGGUCUUAAAAUUACUUGCAUCAAUUGGCUUCGUGAUUUUGAAAUUACGAAAGAAACGUACAUAUACGUACUGAAACUAUCUUCGGUGUACAAUUUCGAAGUUCCAAACUGUAUGGAAUAUGUAGAAAGCCAUCUGCCCGAAGUUUUCAAAACCCAAGAUGCACUGUACUUUUCAAGGGAAUUAAUCCAAAAGCUAUUUACUGACGAACGACUCUCUUAUGUAUCGAUGGACGAACGGUUAUCGUUUCUAAUGCACUGGGUCAGAAAUAACUCGGAUGAGACAAAAGCAAAUGUUAAGGAACUCUUUGACACAAUUGAUAUACAAGAUAUUACCGAUUCUCUUUUACGGGAAGCUUCUUGUGUUGGCAUAUUAAAUGAUUUUAUGGUUUCAAGCAAUGUGGAACGCACGUUACAUGGAGGUGAAUGUAAAUGUGAUGUUUUGCUCAUGACCGGUGAGAAAGGUUCCCUUUUGUGCUUUAAUCCUCAAAACGACACGUGGUAUAAACUGAUUCCUGAAAACAGCAACGACAUUCUUUAUAGAAAUAUUUCAGGCAUACGGAACACAAAACCUGAGUUAUAUUUUACUAAAGGGGAAGGUCACUGUUGUGUAUAACUCUGUUAUUCAUUGGUCAGAAUGUAUUACUAAUAGGCCCCGCCUACUAACCUUAUCUAAGCAUGCCACGAUCUGUAUCAGAUCAGUUAAUAAACGAUAGUUCAGCAUUAAAGACGUGUUACUUCUCUAUAGAAAACAUAACAAUCUGGCGACGAGGAUAAUUGAACAUUAAAUUUCGGGGAUUUUAUCUAUUUCAUAAUAUGUGUAAAAUUCUGGAUUUAAUUUAUAAGUGUUAAAAUGGCUGCAUUAAUUGGACAUUUAUCUGGAUUUGAUGGCAAUUCAGAAUCAUGGACAUGCUAUCAAGAACGUUUAGAACAGUACUUUUUAGUAAAUGAAAUAGACGAUGAGAAAAAAGUUCCAGCUUUAUUAACUUUACUUGGAGAAAAAACUUACGGGUUACUUCGAAAUUUGACAUCACCGGACAAACCUUCAACACAGACAUGUGACGAUCUUUGUGAAUUAUUGAAUAAACAUCUUAACCCAAAGCCAUUGAUUAUAGCUGAACGAUUUAGAUCUCACAAACGAAACCAAGCGGCGGGUGAAAGUGUAAAUGAUUAUGUAACUACACUGAGGAUUUAAUUUGGUUAACAGUCUGUACUUUUGAUAUCCAUUUUGUCAGUGUAUGAUGUCAUAAAGAAAUUCAAGUAACACUGUAUCAUAUUUCCGGGAGCAAUUAAAGCGAACAAGUGUCUGAUACUCUUCCUUGAUAAAUUUACUACAUGUAUUCGCAUUUUUCAUUUUCCCGAUUU